AUGGCUAGAACCAAACGAACAUCUAGAACUGAAGAGGGGGAUGGCUCCAUUAGGGUGCCUUGGAGCGAGGUGUAUUAUGACAAACCAGGCAUCCCAAGCACUCCGGAAGACUCAAUUCUGGGCAUGCCGGUUGGUCAACAGGAAACUGAAUUUGACCAGGGGUCUUCCCACUCCUUCUCCCUCACAACCUCAACCUCUGACUCAGGCGGCUCCGAAACUGAACAGGAGCCGUCUGAAAAACCUGAUGAGGAGCCCGCUUCCCCUGCAAGGGGUCAAGUGAAGCCUCCAGUCGUCCCUGGGGUGAACCUUAAGCCCCCUAAGCGGACUGCAGAGGAGGCGGCUCCGACUACCUCCAAGCGCUCUCGGAAGACUGUGGCUCACAAGCCAUCCGCCAGCAACUCCGAGUCUCACCCCUCCACCGGCGGUAAAUUGUCGGCUGCUCUCUCUGCUCUAAAGCAGGAGUCCGAAACCAAAGCUUCCAAGGAUUCGCCGUCUGCUGGAGCAGGCUCCCCUGACAAGCGCCGCGGCAAGCAGGUACAGGACCUGGUUGUCAUUUCAGAAGCCCCCUCCCAAGCUCCAGACCUUAGAGAAAUUGCUAAGGAAAUGCUCCGAAAAGGAGUCACUGCUGAGCAGCGAGACUCCAUCCGGGGAGUUGGCUGA